UUGUUUAAUUUCCCUCACGACUUCUAGAAUGUGAGGGCUGAAACUGUUGAUAAUUGAUCAUUUUAGUGUUUACUCUGCAAAAACUCUUGAGCUUCGCACGUCUUCCCUGUUAAUGUUAGCUACCUAGGAAAGGUAAUACUUUCUGAAAGGUGAUACCAAGUGGACAACAGUGUGACCGCAGCCAAGUUAUCGUCUUUAUCGUCUGCUACCUAGGAAAGGUAAUACUUUCUGAAAGGUGAUACCAAGUGGACAACAGUGUGACCGCAGCCAAGUUAUCGUCUUUAUCGUCUGCUACCUAGGAAAGGUAAUACUUUCUGAAAGGUGAUACCAAGUGGACAACAGUGUGACCGCAGCCAAGUUAUCGUCUUUAUCGUCUGAGAAAACGUACUUGAACUUUAUCAUGACUGAUUCUGAGGGUCAGAAGGAGGAGCCGGAGGAGGUGGCGCUCACUGUCCCAGAACAAGUUCCCAACUCAAACUCUGUCUCCAAGGAGGAGGAGCCCUACCGCCACUUGGCCCCUGUGGUUUGGCACUGCUUGAAACAAACAACAAGACCCCGUAACUGGUGUCUGCAAAUGACCCAGAGACCGUGGUUGGAUAAUGUGUACAUACUGAUAGUCCUGCUUAACUGUGUGACUCUGGGCAUGUACAAGCCCUGUGAAGAGACGAACAUCAUCCUAGAGGUAUUGGAGGAUUUAACUUUUGCUUUCUCCAUGGUGGAAAUGCUCAUCAAGAUGGUGGCCCUGGGAGUCUUUGGCUAUGAAGGAAGUUACUUUAGCAACAACUGGAACAAGUUUGACUUCUUCAUCAACUUGGCAAAGAUGUUGGAGUUUAUUCUGGCUACUUUUGGGAUCCGCAUACCAAUCUGUCAGGCACUCAGGCCAAUACAACUGAUCGGCAGAGUAUCAAGCAUGCGAGACAUGGUGUCAGUCCUCUUGAACACUGUGCCGAUGCUUACAAAUUUUCUCCUCCUCUACCUCUUUGUCAUCCACGUCUUCUCCGUUGUGGGAGUUGAGCUGUGGGCGGGGCAGCUGCUCAACCGCUGCUUCCUGGGUGAAGACAUUCCUGCAAUGUACAACGUGUCCUUGAGUCCAUACUACAAGUCCAAGAACGAUGAAUAUUUCCCAUUUAUCUGUUCGCCUGCUGACAAGCAUGGGAUGUUACACUGCCAUGAUGUUCCAGCUUACAAAAAGGGUGGGAAAACCUGCUCAUUGGCUGCACCCCACCAUGUUUCAUCUCUGAAUGAGUUAGUCCCUACGGGGGCUGGGGCCAGUGCCAACGCCUGUGUGAACUGGAACUUGUACUACAAUGUCUGUCGCGCUGGGGACCACAACCCUCACUUGGGAGCCGUCAACUUUGAUCACAUCGCCUAUGCCUGGUUAGCUAUAUUCCAGGUUGUCACGAUGGAAGGAUGGAUGGAGAUCAUGUUUUAUGUUAUGGAUUGUUAUUCCUUCUGGAGUUUCAUAUUUUUCAUACUCGUCACCAUUAUGGGCUCCUUUAUCAUGAUGAACGUGUGCGCAGUCGUCAUCGCCACCCAGUUCUCUUUGAGUAUGGAAAGGAAGAAAGGACAGCCUCGUGCUGACGCUGUGUUCAUCACUAUGCUCUGUGACAAGUUAACCUGCUGGCUGCGGAGGAUCUCCAGUAGAUGCAACAGACAUCGUAACAAGGUGCACCCAAAAAGCAGGGCAGGCAACUUGAAAAGGUCCUUAUUGGCUCAGGCCUGGAUACCCAUCAAGAAAACAGCUGAGAGGACCGUCAACAGUAAACUCUUUGACCGAGUGAUCAUGUUUACUGUUUCCCUCUGUAUACUUACCAUGGUCAUAGAGCACCACGGGGAGCCUGAGGAGAUGAUCCGUGUGUUACAGAUCAGUAACCUCAUCUUCACCAUUAUAUUUGCUGUGGAGGCGGUCUUAAAGCUGCUGGCUCUCACGUGGAAAUACUUUACAGACCGACACAACGUCUUUGACUUUGUCAUCGUUAUCGUCAGUUUGUGGGAGCUAAUUGUUAAAACUGAUGGCAGGUUGUCAGUUCUGCGGGCAUUUCGCCUGCUGCGGUUUGUGAAGUUGGUUCACUUCUUCCCUUACCUGAAGAAACAGCUGCAAGUGCUGACUAGUACCAUGAAAGGGGCAGCCCCACUCUGUGGGCUACUGUUGUUUGUCAUUUUCAUUUUUAGUGUACUGGGUAUGCAGCUGUUUGGUUGUAAACUGAAGUUCAAGACACCAGACGGAGUCAUCAUCCCUGACCGAAAAAACUUUGACACCCUGAGCUGGUCCAUGGUCACAGUGUUCCAGCUUCUGACUCUGGAGGACUGGAAUCUGGUUCUAUACAAAGCCAUGGCUGCUACCUCCCCAUGGGCCGCUCUCUACUUUAUUGCGGUCAAUAUCUUUGGAAAACAUGUUUUUCUCAAUGUUCUUGUGGGCAUAGUGGUUGAGAACUUCCAGGCCAAGCGCUCCUCAAGUUCUGAUCAAGCCACCAGCUCCACUCCAAACAACUUGUCACCUUCACAGACAGAAAACAAGAAAAAUGACCCCUCAGCCCCCGACCAAGACUGCUCUUUCUCUCACCCUGGGCCCAGCAGAUCCACUGCGAUUAACUCAGCCCCCAAGGAAGACUCUGCACCUGUAGAUUCUGAUGGGGACAAUAGAUCUUUGAACCUUAUCCAGAAAGUGCGCCGCUGGUGCAAAGAGCAUGAAGAGUGGUCGUUCUACGUGUUGUCUCCAGAGAACAGGUUCCGUAUCUGUUGCCAUCGUGUGAUCUCUCACAAGAUGUUCGACCGCAUAAUUCUGCUCUUCAUUCUCCUGAACUGUGUCACCAUUACUUUUGAGAUGCCUGGCAUAGACCCUAAAAGCAUGGAGCGAUGGUUGCUGGAUUUCUCUAGUGAUCUAUUCUCUGCUAUCUUCCUGGUAGAGAUGCUUGUUAAGGUUCUAGCUUUUGGUUUGAUAAUUGGAAAGCAGAGCUACUUCCGGUCUUCCUGGAAUAUGGUGGAUGGUUUCUUGGCGAUUCUGUCUUUAGCCCACUUCAUUAUCAUUCUGGUCAGUACAGCUGACGAUCACAUGCUGGCCAUCCUCAAAGUGUUACGCCUAAUACGCACACUUCGCCCACUGAGGGUGAUCAAGCGAGCUCCGAAACUGAAGCUGGCUGUUGAUGCUCUAAUGGCCUCGGUUAAACCCAUCAGGAACAUCCUUCUCAUUUGCUGUGCCUUCUUCUUCUUCUAUGGUAUCCUUGGGGUGCAGUUGUUCAGAGGGAGGUUCUACUACUGUGUGGGUGAGGACAUAAGAAACAUCACCACCAAGAUUGAAUGCCUGGCGGCCAACUAUCUCUGGGUACGAAAGAAGUACAACUUCGACAACCUGCUUCAGGCUCUGAUGAGCUUGUUUGUAAUGUUCUCUAAAGAUGGCUGGGUGAACAUCAUGUAUGAUGGGCUGGAUGCUGUGGGAGUGGACCAACAGCCUGUGAGGAAUCACAACGAAUGGAUGUUGCUCUACUUUAUCUCCUUCAUGAUUAUAAGCUUCCUUCUGCUCGACAUGUUUAUUGGUGUAAUGGUGGAGACCUUCCACCAGUGUCAGCAGAAUCAUAAAAGAACUGAUGGAGAGUUACUAGAAGAGGGAGGAAAAGUCCAGUGCAACAAGCCUGCACAGAUUCCAUAUUACGCACGCUACUCCUACAUACGUCGAGCUAUUCAUUCUCUGUGUAGCAGCAACUUCUUGGACCUCUUCAUGACUGUCAUCAUUGUCAUCAGUGUUGUGAUAAUGGCUGUCCAACAUUACAAUCAACCUCCGUAUAUAGGGAAGAUUACAGAGUAUUCCUUCUAUGUGGUCACCUUCAUCAUGAUCACUGAAGUCCUGCUGAAGCUCGUGGCGUUUGGCAUAUGGAGGUUCAUAAAAAUCAGAUGGAAUCUGCUGGACGUUGCUGUACUCGUGGUUUCCAUCGUCAGCAUCGUUUUGCACCAGAUCAAUAUGACAGACAUAGUUCCCAUUAAUCCCAGCAUCCUGAGAGUUUGUAGAAUAUUCAGACUAGUACAAGUCCUGAAGGUCAAAAAGCUACGAGUUCUGCUAAAAACCAUCAUAAAGACUCUUUCACAGGUUGGAAAUAUUUGUCUGCUCUUCACAUUCUUCUUUUACAUCUACGCUGCGGUGGGAGUGGAGCUCUAUGGCAAGCUAGCAUGCAAUGAUGACCACCCGUGCCUGGGUUUACAAGAUGAAGUCAACUUCAGACAUUUUGGGGUGGCCCUGAUCACGCUGUACGGCCUAUGCACCGGAGACAACUGGAACGUGAUUUUGAAAGACACACUAAGAGAAUGUCAUCCUGGUGAGCAUGACUGUUUGAGAUACCUUUCCUGGGUCUCACCGUUGUACCUCAUCAGUUUCGUGGUUAUGGCCCAGUUUGUGCUGGUGAACCUGGUGGUCGCAUCGAUCAUGCAAGCGCUGGAGGACACCAAAGAGGAGGAAGAAUUGCAUGGCGCUAACCGUCUCCUGGGGAGAGCGACAGACCCAGCUCCACCCACGUCAACGCAGUCAUGAAGAUUUACUUGUUUUAAGGAGUAAUUUAUAGAUUUGAUUUAUUGCCAGAUGGCAAUUGCUUUUAUUAUAUUAUUUUAUUAGAGUGAUUUUUAAAUUUCAGAAUGUUUUCAUCAAGUUUGUUAUUUUAAGUAGAAAUAGUAUUUGUGUAAAUAAACUGUUUAUAUUUGAAUGAAUGCCACAUGUUUUAUUAGAUGGCAGUUGCUUUUAUCAUAUUUUAUUAGAGUGAUUUUUAAAUUUCAGAAUGUUUUCAUCAAGUUUGUUAUUUUAAGUAGAAAUAGUAUUUGUGUAAAUAAACUGUUUAUAUUUGAAUGAAUGCCACAUGUUUUAUUAGAUGGCAGUUGCUUUUAUCAUAUUUUAUUAGAGUGAUUUUUAAAUUUCAGAACGUUUUCAUCAAGUUUGUUAUUUUAAGUAGAAAUAGUAUUUGUGUAAAUAAACUGUUUAUAUUUGAUUUAAUGUCACA